AUGGAGCCGAGCGGCAUUAGCAUGCGGUCAUUCGGUGAGCCGUUAUCUGCGAAUCGUCUACGACAUUCCGAUAGAAAUGCGGAGCUGUUGCUGCGGCGACCUUUAAUGGCCCCCUCAACGUCAUCUGAAGGAAUGAAUGGCGAUGUGAUGCAGGGUACGCCGACGGCUACGCCGAAUCCCGGUCAUUACGUCUAUUCCCACAGAUUCGAAGAAACUCCCAGCGAAGCAUUUCCUCCACCACCAGCAGAAUAUCGUGAAGUCCUCAACGAACAAACUGGUGUGGUCGAAAGUGCAUCAAUUAUUCAGCCAUGCUCUUCACGUGAGCAAGAAGAUACAGACAUUGAAGAAGAGAUAGUGAACAGCUUCAGCAAGAAGUCGUUCAUUGUGCCUAGCAAAAGCCAAGUGCUUUUUUAUUUGUCGACCUCACGACAUUUACGAAUACAUCACACCGGAUGUGAGCUGCAGGUCACAGAUUCUGCUGAUUUCCCUCUCUUCGAUAUAUGGGCCGAAUCAGCAUGUUGCGGUCGACCUGUUUGGGUUAUCGAGUCAUACGGACGACGAGUUCUAGUAUUAUCGGAGUUGCAAAGUCGUGGACUGUCGUCGUUAUUGCCAAGACCCAUGUUUUUUCGACGGGCAACCUCUCUAAAUACACAAAGUGUAAUCGACUGGAAUGGUGACAUUAUCGGAUAUUUUUUGCCAGGAGAUCCAUUCCUCAUCCAGGACAGCAAUCGCGGCAUUCUUGGACGAUGUGUACGAAUGGAGGGAGAAAAUGGAUCGUACUGGCAAUGCUUCCUUGAAGGCGUCGAUCGUGAGGUGGCACGACUUGAGAGGGGUCAUCUACGAUUUGCCCCGGAUGUCUCGUUCCAAUUGAAAUUGCUGGUUCUUGCUGCUAUGACAAGAGUCGUUGGUCAACCACGCGUGCAGGCCAAUUGCUUUCCAUUUUUAAGAUAUUGAAACUCGCUUGAUAUGGUCAUGAAGUCAGCGUUUCAAUCGCAAUUGCUUGAGGGCUUGUGCUUAUCCAGAAAGCCAUGAAAUGUUCGUGGGUUUAAAAGACUGAGUGCUCUUUUAAGUUCGAACAUUACAUUCUGAAAUCAGAAUUUCUGAGUGCCAUGAUUCCACUUAAGUUUGUCGAGGGACCUGCCAUGUGAGUGUUGUUUGCCACAAAUCUCUUUCCCCAUUUGAAGUUCUUAUCUGUUGAGCGGCCCCGGUUUUUGAAUGCACCGUCUCAACGAGGGGGAGAAAUUUUGAUGC